AAGAGAAAAUGUCAUGAUAACAAAGACUUGUAGGUAAGCCUCGUGGAUAGACAAGUGCUCUUUUCUCUAGGUCAGCAAAAUGUCCUUCAUAAAUGUUACACCCGAAUGUCAUUUCUCAAUCCAGAAUUUGCCGUAUGGUGUAUUUUCUACCAAAGACAAUAGUAAACGAAGAAUUGGUGUUGCCAUUGGAGAUCAGAUAUUAGAUUUGAGUUCUGUAGUCCAACUGUUUAAUGGUCCCAUUUUAUCCAAAAAUCAAAAUGUCUUUUUACAGCCUGUUCUCAAUGACUUCAUGGGUCUUGGAAGACCAGCUUGGACCGAGGCCAGACAGACACUACAAAAACUGUUAUCUUCAUCUGAAAGUACUCUGAGAGAUAAUGCUGAUUUGCGAAAAAAAGCAUUUGUAAAUCAGACAGACGCAACAAUGCAUCUUCCUGCCAAUAUAGGUGACUACACAGACUUUUAUUCCUCUAAGAACCAUGCUUACAAUGUUGGUGUCAUGUUCCGGGGUCCAGAAAAUGCUUUGAUGCCAAACUGGACACAUUUACCAGUAGGAUAUCAUGGUAGAGCUUCAUCUGUUGUUGUAUCUGGUACAGAUAUCAGACGACCUAAUGGUCAAACACGUCCAGAUGAGACCAAGCCUCCAGUAUUUGGACCAUGUAAAUUAAUGGAUAUAGAAUUAGAAAUGGCAUUUUUAACAGGACCAGCCACCAAAUUAGGAAACCCAGUUCCAAUUGCAGACGCAGAAAAUCAUAUUUUUGGAAUGGUGUUAAUGAACGAUUGGAGUGCUCGGGAUAUACAGAAAUGGGAAUAUGUUCCCUUGGGACCAUUUUUAGGUAAAAAUUUAGGAACCAGUAUAUCACCAUGGGUGGUUACUAUGGAUGCACUGGCACCAUUUAAAGUACCAAAUGCAAAACAGGAACCAACACCAUUGCCUUAUUUACGACAUGAUGAUCAGUAUAGUUUUGAUAUUAAAUUGGAUAUUGCUCUACAAUGUCAUGAUCUAAAAGAACCAGUAACAGUAUCUAGAAGUAACUUUAAAUAUAUGUAUUGGACAAUGAAACAACAGUUAGCCCAUCAUACAGUAACAGGUUGUAAUAUAAAUCCAGGUGAUCUCAUGGCUUCUGGUACUAUCAGUGGGGAGAAGGAGAAUGAAUUCGGUAGUUUAUUAGAGCUGUGUUGGAAAGGUACGAAACCUAUAGAUUUGGGUAAUGGUGUUACGAGGAAAUUCCUUCAAGAUGGUGAUGAAGUAAUUCUAACAGGAUAUUGUCAAGGAGAAGGAUAUAAAGUAGGAUUUGGAUCCUGUACAGGGAAGAUUUUACCUGCUCAUCCUAUCUCAUAAAUUGAUACAGUUAUUACACAGAUGGCUAUUUCUUGCUUGAUGAAAAUAUUUCAUGGCAGCUAUAAGAAUGAAAUUAUGUAUGAUAUAUAUUGUUAAAUGGUCGAGAGCGAGACAUUAAGUUAUAUAUUGUAGCAACAAUAGGGACAUAGGUCCGAGUGUUUUUACAAUAUAUUACGCAAUGUCUGAAGCUCGAGACCAUUAAACGACUUAAAAUAGUGAAAUACGUCACACGAGUCCAAUAUUUCACUAGUAUAAAUAAUGUACGAUUGGCAAUUUGCCCGUACGAUUAUUUGAAAUAAUGGUACGCCAACAUCAAAGGGUGACGUCACAUCUGUAUUUUAAAUAUGAAUAAUUAAUGAAGGUCAUGGAGGAAUGUUUUGUGUUUCAAUGUGAGCAAUCCGUUUGUGUUCUUAACUAGAAUCUGGUUUAUCUUAAAGAUACAUUAUGGGGGAAUAGAUAAAGAGCUGGCAGUUCUCACUAUAAUAGUUAAAAACUAGAUAAUGUAAAAGGGGAUAUGCUGACAAUUUCAGUCAAAUUGCUCCACUCUGAACCGAGAUAUUAGCGUUUGAAUUUUAGACAUAGUCUCGAUCAUCAUUACUAAAGUCGUAUGAUAAAAAAACAUAGUCUCGAUUAUCCAUUUUUGGUAUAAAUCAUCAAUGAUGUAUCAAAUCGGAUUCAAAUCCACUUAAAAUCAGACACAUCAGAUGGCAUGGAGAGUUGAUUAGUCUUUUCAUGUUAAUGAAUGUCUAAUUAAAUUGUCAUUGAGGGUUGCACAACAAAUCAGAUUCAAAUCCAGUGAAAAUCCGACACAUAAGAUGGCAUCAAGGGAUGAUUAUGGUCUUUUCAUGUUAAUGAAUGUCUAAUUAAUAGUUUAUAUAACAUUUCAGGCCUAAAUAAAGGAAGACCUACAAUAGACAGAUUUAGCUCUUGCAUAAUGCAUAAUUAGAUAUUUUUUCUGUCGAAUAUUUAGGCCAAUCUCACUCUGGGUUAAAUUCUGUGAAUAAAAUGAAAGUAGAGUGAUAAUAUCAAUACAGUCUACAGAGAAUCAUAUAUUGUAAUAUAUUGAUUUUAUAAUGGCCCCAACUCAAGCAAAUUAAUUAUAUAUUUUUUUUCUGUACUCAAUAUAGGUCAAUUCGUUAGUAUGAUCUAUUAUAAUAUUUCAUUUUGCCCGAACUUUAGUAAAUUAGAACUUGGUUAUAUUUGUAAUCUAGGUCAGCCAGUAAGGGUGUUAAAUUCUAUAUGGAUGUGUAAGUAAUUAAUUCAUGAUAUUGUUAAUGGAUAUAGAAAAUUGAAAAUAUAUCAGUACACCGAUUUCAUAUUGAGGAUUACAAUAUAUUGAUUUUUAAAAUAGUGCUAACUUAAAGAUUCCCCAGUUGUACGUGACAAGGAGUAUGGUUGCCUGUCCAACCUUGAUGGUUUUCUGCGGUUUCCUCCCAUUGCUAAAAACCUCUACGCACAAGCAAAUUAUUGAAAUAAAAUUGAACCAUUUAUAGUCCCAAAAUGACCUAGUUUGUGUCGAGUGGACUUAAACCCGAUCUCUCUCUCACUAAAAUACUAAUAUGAUGUACUCCUAUAUUCAUUGCGUAACUUUAAUUCAAAUAAGGGUACAGGUAACAACGUGCCAAACAUACAUUAUAUUAUACUAUAUGACGAUUUUAUACAAAUUAUGCAUGUGUGAGAUAUAGUGUCUGUAUUUUAGGUUGUUUAUUGGUCCCAGGCAAGACAUUUUUGUAAUAUAUUGAAUCAACACUCGGACUAAUGUCCUCGUGUAGUAUCAAUAUAUAACUUAAUGUCUCGACCAUUAAAUCACACUAAAAGAUAAAUAUUAUAAAAUAUCCUAGUCAGUAUUUUCAAUCUGAUUAAAACACAGAUCCUAUUUCAUUUCGUUUUUUAUAGUUCAAAAUUUCGUUUUACUUGUGUUUACUACACUAGGAUCUAGAAGAGUUGUUAUAUAGCCUGUGUUCUGGAUGAUGUGAGAGAUUAGCCAAUGAAACAGUCUAUUACGGUGAAUUUUUGGCAUGAGAUGCAUGGAACUGUGGGUAACCCACUAGAAAUGUCAAUGCUGAUUGAUUAACCAAAUGUCUGACGUCAUAGGGUCAAAAGCCGCUCGAAUGAUCUCUGACGCGAUCUUCCACUACAAUCGGUCAGAUCCUCGUGUAGUGUAGGCCAUCGAAAGUAUAAAAAAUGAAACGAAAUAUAGAUCUGUACUUUAACCAUAUUGUCAGUAUUAUCUAACUGUGGCCUUAUAUAUAUAUAUAUAUAUUAUAUUUUAUAUUAAUUAAAUUGGUGUGUUAUAUAUAUUGGUACAGGUAAAUAUAUACUUAUAUUAAUUAAUGUGGUGUGUUAUAUAGGUACAGGACUUAAAUAUAUACUUAUCAGUAUUUUAUUUCACUCGGGUUUAUUUUUUUUUACAAUUAAUUUUUUUAUGAUUUGAUAAACCUGAUUUUCAUCUUUGUCAGAUUUUAUUUUCACAAUUUGAAGUACACUGUCUUAAUUUAUUAAGUGCACUUUGUCAGAUCUUGGAAACAUAUAUAGAUGUACAUUUAAAAAUGACGUUAUCCAAUGAUAUUGGUGUACCAAUAUUUCAAUCUGAUUAAAACACAGAUCUAAUUUGGUUUAAUUUUCGUUUUACUUCUCUUUACUACACUAGGAUCUGGAAAAGUUGUUAAAUAACAAGCGUUCUAGUUGAUGUCAGGAAUUAGCCAUUGAAAGGGUCUGUUGCGGCAAGUUCUUGACAUGCUCUGCAUGCACAGAACUGUGGGUAAACCCCUAGAAACGUUAACACUGAUUGAUUAAUCAAUGUCUGACUUCAAAGGGUCAAAAGCCGCUCGUAUGACCCCUGAUGCAACCUCCCAGUACAACUGGUCAUAUCUUCAUGUAGUGUAUAAAAAAACGAAAUAUAGAUCUGUAUUUUAAUCUGAUUGCUUUAUAAAGAAUGAGUAAUUAAAUUACAGAUAAAACAAUGGAAUAAGAAUCUCUGGUAUUAUAUUUCAAAUUUUUGUUGCGUUUUUCGAUAUCAAUGUUUCUGAUUAUUUGCCAUUUAAUGUGGGCAGAGUUUUAACACCUGAACAGAAUCUGCUAUAAAUAAUACAGUAUACAUGUAUAAUGAUUUACACCUGUACAAUGAUUUACACCAGUACAAUGUUAUUACCUGUAUUGAUUUUAUCACCAGAUUUAUUAUACAACCUGUUAAAAGGACAUUCCCUGGUGUAUUAAAGUGAUAAUUUCAGGCCGAAUGACUCUGGUAUUUCACAAGUUAUAAUAUUACUUAUUAAAGGGGCAUUCCCAGGUGUAUUUCAGUGAAUAAAACUGGAGAAUUCAAGGUGAAUGACUCUUUCAAACCUUUAAUUCUAGAAAAGAUGUAUACUUUGAUAUUAAUUUAAUUGUGGUGUAUUUCUGUUAGUUUAAAGAUGCAUUAUGUAAGAACUAAAUCUGCAUAUUGCACGUUUUUAUUUUGGCUUCAAUAAAUCUUACAUAAUGCAUAUUUAAUUUCUUGGGAGGUGUUUCUGUUAGUUUAAAAAUGCAUUAUUUAAGAGCUAAAUCUAACCAACUCUUUUAUCUAAAUCUUACAUACAUAAUGCAUCUUUAAUUGUGGUAUAUUUCUGAUAGUUUUGAAGAUGCAUUAUGUAAGAGCUAUCUAUAUCUGCAGGUCUUUAUUUUGGCUUACAUAAAUCUUACAUAUGCAUCUUUAUUUUAAUUGUGGUGUUUGUUAAAGGAUGUUGUUUUUGUUAGGUAAUGGGUGAGCUUAGUUAAUAUGAAUAAAUAUAUAGCCCGCUUUAAAUAUAUAUAAAUGUCAACUAUACAUUAACACUUUUUUGUCACAAGUAAGACAAUAAUUUGUUGUAUUUAUAGUAAGCUAGAAAUGGAAUUGGUGCAACGAACAUUAUACUCAGUAAAUAAUAUAUUUGUAAAAGA